AUGGGGCCCUGGAGCCGAGUCAGGGUCGCCAAAUGCCAGGCGCUGGUCACCGGGCUCCUAGGCUUGCUGCUGGGCCUGGCCGUGGCCACCAUGGCCAUCCUCACCUACUUCGGGGCUCCCUUUGCUGCCAUCAGCCGUGUGUCCCUGGAGGGGAACCCGUACCAAGCUGUGCAUCAGUGGGUCUUCUGCGCGGGGGUCAGCCUGGCCGGGCUCCUAAUUCUGGGGGCGAUGUUCUGCAUGGCAGCCACUGUGCGCGAGGCUAAGGGACGCAUGGCCGCGGGCUUCCUGUGCUUUGCACUGGCAUUCUGCGUCCUGGUGCAGGUGGUCUUCUGGAGAUGGCGCAACCCCACCCAGGUGGAGGAUGCGCUGCUGGACACCUACGACUUGCUGUACGAGCAGGCGCUGCAGGGCCCGGCCAACACCCGGCGGCGGCGGGAGCUGGGAGCCGUCCAGGACACGCUCCGGUGCUGCGGGAAGCCGUCUCCCCUGGGCCGGCAGGGCAGCAUGGAGGCGGGGCUGUGUGCAGGGGAGCUGGCCCUCAGAGAGGACUGCCUGCAGGGGGUCCGGAACCUUCUGGGGACACACCUGAGCAUCUGGGAUACGCUGGCCAGCCUUGGCCUCGCCCUCACGGUGUACGCCAUGCUGCUCAGCGCCUUCCUGUGGGCAACCAUCCACUUAGACUGCCGAGGCACAUACACCCUGACGCCACCACGAGCCCCAGACAGGCCCACCCAGGAGCUCUGCGCCUUCAGCUACUCCCAGAGCCCCGAGGUCCAGCACCCUGACACACAGGCUCCGGAUGGCCUUCUGGGCGAAGAGGACAUGCAAGGGGCCCGGCUGAGCCAGCACUGUGGAGGGGACUGGUCUCUCCCGACGACGCGCCCACAGGAUGUGAGAGGGAGUCUCGCCAUCCUGGCCUCCGAGGAGCCUGCUGGCCGUUUUACAGGCUGGAGCCUGCGUGAGGCCGAGAGCUCUCGAGUCCCCUUCGUGCUGCUGAAGCGGCAGGAGGUCAGCCGCGGCCCCCACGCCGCUGUCUCGGCGGAGAAUUUCCUUCGCAUCAGCCCCCGGCUGACUCCUGUGAUGAGGAGGGACGAGAACAGACAGCCCUUUGACGACAUAGAAGAGGUGAAGAAACAGAUGAGGGAG